ACCCCUACAAAAUGGCCGACACUCGAUAUAGUGCACUAUAUAGUGGAUAUGAAGUUGUUUAGGACACAGCUCAUGUGUUUCUGUCAGGUUUAUUGUUGACAGCAGUUUAAACCCGGAAGAGUAAAAUAUUAAUGCUUCUCUAAUAGUCGCAUGUUGCUUGUAUUUGUAAUAGCAGCGCACGAUUGUACACUGGUGUGGCUGCCGUGAUGAUGAAACGUUUUUACUGUACUGCAGGCGCGGGGUUGGAGGAGCUGCUGGUUGAGGAGGUGAAACACAAACUCUUCGCUACUGAACCAGUAUGCAUGUUGGAUCAGGUGGAGCAGAUUUCAGGUAGAGUGUUUUUCUGCAGCAAUGCUCACGUAAACACGAUGACACAACUCAAGUCUGCAGAGAGGCUCUUCCUUCUUUUGCGUAAAGCUGCACCCAUUUCCCUUCCAAAAAAUUCAGCAAAAGCAGCUGUUGUUAUACAGCAAAGCAUUGUAGGAGAUGCCAACAUUUGGAAGCAGAGUCUUUUAAUGUGGAAAGCCCUACAGACUGAGCUUCAGGACAGACAGCAGCAUGGACAGAAGAGAAAGAGAGAGGAAGAUGACAGUUUAAAUGCUGUUGCAAGCUCCAUGCAUUCUCUUUCCUCUAACACACAGUUGGGAAAGGAAUUAAAUCAACACUCAAUAACUUUCCGGGUCAGCUGCCGCUGUAGUGGAGUUAUCGCUCGCUCUUAUACCUCUCAGAGACUAAGUUGUAUUGUUGGGAUGGCCAUCAAAGAAAAGCUUAGAUGGAAGGUAGAUCUGAAAGAGCCCAUUAUUGAGGUAAAUGUCAAUGUAAGUGAUGACCAAUGCAUUAUAGGCAUGCCGCUUUUAAAGCAUCCACUGGCCAGUCGUUGUUAUAUGAAACACAACGGGUUACGUUCUACAAUAGCCUGGGCUAUGACCUUUCUUUGUCCUAAACCGCUGAAUGAUUGUGUGAUUUUGGACCCAAUGUGUGGAGUUGGUGCUGUGUUGUUGGAAGCAGCCCAAGAGUAUUCUAAUGCCCUGUUUCUAGGCAUGGAUACUGACAUGUCACAGCUGCAGAAAGCUGCAGAGAAUGUAAAUGCAGCUGGAAUGGAAGAAAAAGUGCAGCUACUUCAGUCUUCUGCUAUGGAGAUCCCGCUAACCAGUGGGGUGGUUGAUGCUGUUCUGUGUGAUGUUCCAUUUGGCAGGAAGUUUAGCUGUAGCAUUGAUAUGCCUACCGCCCUGCCACAUUUGCUCAAAGAGAUGGAGAGGGUACUUUGUGUUGGUGGACAUCUUGUUCUGUUGCUGAGUUUACAACUUUCUGCUCAGCUUAAGAAGAUCAUUUGCAAACACAAACCCAAGAAACAUGCAAACUCUAUAGACACACACUGUGUUCAUACAGACCCCUCAAGCACAAACAAUGAAUGCAAAGACAUAUCAAAAACCUUAAUGUGUCAUAAAUCAAGCUCUGAAAUAUCAAAUACGCCCAUGUUUAUCACAUCAUUACAAGCAUACAGAACACACAAGGUUAGUUUGGGAAGCACAGAUGCAUUUAUACACAUAUUCACCAAAAUACAAUCUGAAAUAAACACGCACUGAGCCCAAUUAGAUCCUGUUAUGUUUAUACAGGAAAUCUGAGAAAAAAUGAACGAGAUAAUAAAAUCUGUUCAUGAAACCA